UCCGGGUUGGACCUGUCUCUCCGUGUUUGAAAAGUUUUCCCCCGGUUUGUGCGUUUUUCCUGCUGCUUUGAUUCGGUUUUUUUCGCACACACAGUAAAGUGACCAAGAUAUUCUUGUGUGGUUGUUUUUUUUUCUCUGCCUCGUUGUGGGUGCCUGGUUCAUCAACGAGUGCGAGGUUCGUCGCUUAUCGCGUUGUGCGGUGAUUUCAACGAGCUUCUUCCGAGCGGUAGAGUGUAUUUGUGGUGCGUUAUUUUUAUUUCGUUUCCUGGAGAGUGUAAUUGUGUGCAACUUGUGUGUGAUAUAUGGAGAAGAGGUGAAGUGGAUGCUGUUAGAUAGUUUGUGGAACCGACUUUUUUUUUGCGCUCGCCGCAAGAAUUCUUCUUUUAUUUUCGAAGCAAUUAGAGCUGUCAGGGCUCGGCUCGACAAGAAGAUAAUUAGCUUUGGUGCUUUCCCGCUACUGAAGCCGACGAGAGUGUCCAAACAGAGAAGCAAGAGCCAAAGAAGAGUAGCCAGCAAGUGGUUGACCCAAAUCUGGCCUUGAAGAGAUUACCUUGUAGUAGUCGGUGGUUGUGACCUACAGUGGGGCCUUAUCUUGUUGUUCCGGAGUGAUUAAUGGUGUGCCAAUGUGAAUGAAGAAUCGGUCAGUGGUGCUUCCGAAUGACCCAACAACCGACCCGAAUCCAUCAGUUUUGAGUUGUUAAGAUUUAGUAGAGCAGAACUGCAAGAGCAAGAGCAAGAGAUCAAUGUUAAGGAGUGUCGUCCUGUUGGCCAAGAUGGCCAACGGCUUCGGGGUGUUCCAGCUGCUGCUGCUGUACGGCUUCCUGGCCGUUUCGGUGCUCGGUCCCGGCAGUGGAACCGGCGUCGAAGGAAUUCGCAUGCAGAGGAAAGAAUCCACAAGCUGCUACUACAACGGAACCCACUUCAUGGAGGGAUCGAUCGUCCCGACGAAGGAACCGUGUCUCAUGUGCAAGUGCCAGAGCAAAACGCUGAUUUGCGCGCUCAAAGUCUGUCCCGAACAACCCAUCCCACCGCCACGUGGUUGCAUUCUGGUGCACAAGAGUGGCGCCUGCUGUCCGUACCUGCAGUGCUCGAAGCUGCACCUGGCCACUAAAAAUAGUGGGGACCGGAAGAAGAUUCACUUUUUGGAUUAUUACGAGAAGGCGGCGGAAGAGCGGCUGAAUAACCCGAACUCGUAUUUGAGGAGGUCGGAUGACGAUGAUGUGGAGGAGAAUGGGGCCUGCAUCGUCAACGGCACCGUUUACAAAUCGGGGUCGGCCAUGACCACGUCGUCGCUGUGCUCGUACUGCUAUUGCAUAAAUGGGCGCCAAAAGUGCGUCAAACCAAAGUGUGCCCUGCCAAAUCCACGUUGCGCGCCGGUCUUUAUUGACUCGGCCUGCUGCCCGAUUCGGUACGACUGCACGGGGAAGAUCCCGGUGAAGGAGCUCGAGGCGUCUACGGAGGCGCCCAACAUGAUCAGGAGGAUCAACAACCGGCACUAUUUGAGGACGGUUGAGCAGAAGACGUACAAGAAUGCGGGUUGCUUGAUUGAGGGGAGGAGUUAUCCGGAGGGAGAGCGGAUUGGUUCGCCGGAUCCGUGCCAGGUGUGCUUCUGCAUACGGGGAGCGGCCAAGUGUACGCCGAAGAAGUGUGCUCCGGCGAUUAAGGGUUGCACGCCGAGGGUUCCACGGGGUGAAUGCUGCGCCGUGCGGUAUGAUUGUAAACACGGCGAACAGAAGAACUUUGGACGCAAGAUCGAGGAUGAAGAGGAGUCGUUUGACUUCUUCUCGAUUCUUUUCGGACCGGAUCCGGAUGAGCCUAAGCCGGAGGCUAAGAACGCUACCGUAACGAUCCCAGUUACGGAACCAACACCGGUUAGCAGUACCUCAGAAAAGAGCUUCUUUGACUUCAUAAAAGCAGGUCUUGACUUUAUCGAUUCGGACGAUCUGAUAGAUACCACAGUGGCUCCGUUGACGGACAAUACGGACUCUCCUUCAACUGAUAUGAUUCCGGUUACGGAUAUUCCGACAGAACUUCAGACUGUGCGAGUAGAAAUCAUUCAAGAACCUCAAACCGUGUACAUCGAAAAGCCAGACUUUAACUUUCCUGCAAGGACUGCCAUACCGCCACUUCUCAAGGCAACUACAACGAGGAAAACAACUCCAAAGACUACAAAGGCGGUACCAUCAACGACGCCAAUUCCUACAACUACGUCAACAACGCAGGAACCAACAACAAGUACCACAGUUACUACAACCGAAUCUACAACGACAACGUCAAAACCAACUUCAACCACUCCCAAAGCUAAGGUAACAACAACAAAGGUUCCGAAGCUUAAGACUACCACAGAAUCAACAAGGACAACUACAAGAAAACCAGCAACGACUACGACACGAAAGCCAACUACGACCACAACACAGAAACCAACAACGACUACAAAAAAACCAACAACGACUACACCAGAACCUACAACAACCACUUCAAAACCUACCUCAACCACCAUCAAACCCAAGGUUACGACACCAAAGCCAACAAAAACAACACCAAAACUCACAACAACUACUCCGGAACCGACAACGACAACCACAACAACAAUAUCAGCUCCUACGACAACCGCUGCCACACCUACUCAACUCAUUCAAAAGGAAAUCCCGCUAAACAUCGAACUGACCAAGGCGGAACCCGCCUUCCAAGACCUAGAAUCAGACUCCCUCCUAAAAGAAAACAUGACCGAAGUAUCCAACUCCCUGUCGGACCUGGACUCAUCGGAAGAAUCCAGCUCUGAAAGCAGCGUCGAACUCGCCUCCACCAGGUUACCUUCCCUAGAAACGGUCACAACCGAAGCGCCCAAAAAGACGACCGUCACGCCGAUCGACGUGGUCAUCAAGGUGGACGACUACGUGAACCGACAGACGGUCGAGUCCAUCCUGAGCUCGCUGAACGCCAAGCUGGAGAGCUUCGCCAAGGAUGAAGCGGCGCUGACGGCAACGACGAUGAUCGUGACGAAGCGGCCGAACAACAAGUUUGUCGGGUACGAUCUGGAGAAGGCUGCUUCGACGAUCGUUCCGCCGACUUCGACGGUGGGCUCGUCGGCGGAGGAGGGAUCGUCCGAGAGUGGUGAGCGGUCGACGAGUGAGGGGAGUGUGGAGGUGGUGUCUACGACUGAGGGGGAUGUGAGUGGGGGUAGUGAAUCUGAGGAGGACUCGACGGUGGACUACCGGAGCGAUGAGAUGCUGGUGGAGGACAUGCUAACGACGGAGGCAUCGGUGGAGUCGACUACGCUGGAUUACAGCGAGGAAGAGGUGGAAACGACUACGGAGGAGGAGUAUGAGGGCACGAGCACAACGGUGGCUACGACAACGGAUCAGGACAAGAUGGAGUUCAAGACAGGGGAUGGAACUGAGCUUCCGUUGACGGAGAAUGUUACGCAGACGAGUACGACGAGUACUACUACAACGACGGCGAAGCCAAAGCCGACUGGGAAGCCGGUUGACAAUCUGCUGUCGGUGCUGCUUUCGGAGCUGUCCAACAUCUUCGACACAACGAAGAACGCGUCCAACCAACAGAACGCCAGGAAUCGAACGGAGAUUCGACCGGUAACGCCGAAACCCAUCCCGAUUGGAGAGUUCCACCGACCCAGCAGCAUCCCAUCGAUCUUGGAGUCAGACAUCAACAUGGACUACGGUGAGCCAACGCUUCCACCGAGUCUUCCUAACCUCAAAAUCAUCCCGUUCCUACCCGCUGACGCGGUAAAGAAGAACGAACCUCCAAUCCCAGUGGCAGCUCCGUACGACUUCUACAAGCCCAUCCCAACCAGCUACCCGAUCAUCACCGAGAGCUACGAACCGUACGGAGUACUGUCCGAUCACGACAUCCAUCCCGGAGUACCCUUCAAGCCGCCAAAGUACGACUACAGCUACGACUCGUCGCUGAACUACCCAGCCCUGACGGAGAACUACGACCUGGACGCCAAGAACAACCAGUACGGCACGAAGGUCAUGCGCGACAAGUACGACACGAUCAACGAUUCCGAUUACGACUACGACACGGACGCGCUGGCCAAGUUCGAUCUGCACUCGAAGCAGGAGCUGUUCAAGAACGAGCUGAAGAAGUUCAUCCCGACCAAGUACGAAGCGCCGCAGGAGGGCACGUACGUGCCGGUGUACGACAAGUACGGCGUUGGGUAUCCGGAGAAGAACGUGUACUAUCCGAACCACAAGGAGACGUACGAGCCGGUGGUGUACAGCAACAACAACAACAAGAAGGCGGAGGUGCAGAGUACGGAGCAUCCGCUGUUCCGGUUGGAGGAGAAGCCGGUCGGUGGAAGCGGGUUCUCGCCGCCGUUGAGGACGGAAGGUGGAUUCGUUCCUAAGGAUCACAUCAAGGAGGAGUUCUACUACGAGCCGUACGUGACGACAGCGUUCCCGAACGAGCUGACGUCCGAGGAUCACUCCGCCAAGCUACCGUACAACACUACAGCUGCCAGUUUUGGAGCUACCCCAGCAAACCCCUUCAUCGACGUCAUCCGGACGGAGCCGGCUCCCCCGCUGAUGAGUCUGAUCGAGGACAAGGAGAAGCUGUUCUCCGUGUACCACUCGGUAGCCAAGAACAACUACUCCUCGUUGGACGACCUGCUGGACGAUGACAGAGUCGACAGCUCCGAGUACGAUCGGCAGAUCAUCUCGAUCACGACCGAUGCGAACUACCUGUCGACGAUCUACGAGGAAUCGCUGGAGAGCGUCGAGAAUCCCGCGCCGCUGCGUGCUCCGAUGAACUUUACCUUCCCGAUCAUGCCGGAAACGGCCGAAUAUCUGCGCAACACGUCCGAGCCCGAACCCAGCGGGAUGUUCAGCUUGGAAAACGUGCUGAGCUAUCUGUUCCGGGAGGAUGACCCCGGGCAUGAGAAUGGAAUCCGGAAUUCGAGCGCCUCACCCGGUUUGAUUGACGGCGUCCCGCCGUUCAAGUCGAUACCGUCGCUUGGCGACGUGCGACCUCCGUCGGACGAGGAGCAACACGACGGUACGGUAACACUCAAGGUUGAAGGUGGCGCCAAUGAUCACCUCUACCGACCAUCCCUCAUGGAUCUGCCCUUUCUAAACCCCAACUUCCACGCCGGUGCGACCGGCGCCGGAGCAAGCGAAGCGGCCGAGUACAAGAACGACAUCGAUCGGUACGGGUUCGAUCCGGACGUCGAGCACUACCAGGUGAUCUCGGACGGACCCCCGAACACGAUCCCCAACUCGGAGGCGUACGUCGUGAACCCGGUGGACAUCAACAAGCUGAAGCAGCACCACUCGGAGGGCACGGCCGAGAUCACGAUGAAGUCCAAGGUGUACAGCUUGAAGGACACCGUGGGCAUUCUGAAGCUGGCCGGGUGUAACAUCUAUGGCCGGAUGUAUCGGGUAGGGCGGAUCAUUUCCGAGCUGUCCGGACCGUGCCUGGAGUGUAAAUGUACCGAGGUGGGAGUGCACUGCACGCCACUGGAUUGUUAGAGGGGAGGUUGUGGACAUCUUGAAUGUUUGAGAGUGAGUGUGAGUCCCUGUGAAUCUCGUGAUAUUAAUGUAGUAGUUUUUAAGCAGCUGUGUGUUGUGGGAGAGAGUUCUGCAAACCGUGCGUGAAUGGAGGUCAUAUCCAAGGGAAAAUCGAGCGUGAAAGUGACACCGUACUACUUAAUUUAUGAUUAUAAACCAUGCGCUAGCUUUUGUAGGUAAAUUUUUAAAGAAGAGCAGCGAUACUCAAUGGAUCAUUGGGUGAAUUGCUGGUAGAGCGUGCAGUGUUGCCAACCAUUAAUUUAUCGGAAAACGUUGAGAUUGGCCACAAUGGUACUGGUUUUUGGAGCAGUUUUUGUUGGUUUUCUUAACCUUAAUGAAUAAUUUAAGUUCUUGAAUGAUGUAGUGAAGGGAAAGAUGUUGAAAAUUUGGCAACCCUUUCUCAAGUUUAGAAUAUUGGCUUGUUUUUUUUUUAAAUAAAAACCUUUUUUAUGAAACUGAUGACUUGGGGAACCAAUUCAUUGUAUUGUAAGUACAUUAAAAAGCACACCCAAAACUGGCAGCGCUAGUACGAGAGAAUGAUGGUCUCGAGUCGAGAGAAUAGUGGUACCAUUCACGGACGCAGAGAACACAGCUCGAGAUGGGCGAUAGAACUAUUCUCUCGAGGUUCAUUUGCAAAAAAAGUUCAUCCGUCAAACAAAAAAUCAAAAGUGUCGACAACGGGAAUCGAACCAGAGACCUUUGACAAACCAAUCCAAUGACUUAGCUGCCUCGGCCACCACAGCUUGGUGACCAUGAAGAAGUCAGAAGUCGAUGUAUGACACUUGUUGGAGAUUUAUUGAUUCAACUAACGAAUGAACUCAUUUGUUAUGAUGGUGUGAGUUGGUACCAUUAUUCAAUCGAUUUUGGCACAAUUUUGAGAGAACGAUUAUCUCGAUUCUGAAUUUU